GCGUCAGUAGCUCGGUACAUUUGAAUUCUUACAUCCAAGCAGACAACGUGAGGAGUAAAUUUCUACCAACCAAUAACUAUCACAAUGGGAGACGAAGAUGUUGCAGCUUUAGUUAUUGAUAAUGGAUCCGGAAUGUGCAAGGCCGGAUUUGCCGGAGACGAUGCUCCCAGAGCUGUGUUCCCCUCCAUUGUCGGACGCCCCAGACAUCAGGGUGUGAUGGUUGGUAUGGGACAGAAGGACAGCUAUGUAGGAGACGAGGCCCAGAGCAAGAGAGGUAUCCUCACCCUCAAGUACCCCAUUGAACACGGCAUCGUUACCAACUGGGACGAUAUGGAGAAAAUCUGGCAUCAUACCUUCUACAAUGAACUCCGUGUGGCCCCAGAGGAACACCCCGUCCUCCUGACCGAGGCCCCACUCAACCCCAAGGCCAACAGAGAAAAGAUGACACAGAUCAUGUUUGAGACCUUCAACUCUCCCGCCAUGUACGUCGCCAUCCAGGCCGUACUGUCCCUGUACGCUUCCGGUCGUACAACCGGUAUCGUACUCGACUCCGGAGAUGGUGUCACCCACACAGUCCCUAUCUACGAGGGUUACGCCCUUCCCCACGCCAUCAUGAGAUUGGAUCUCGCUGGACGUGAUCUUACAGACUACCUCAUGAAAAUCCUCACAGAACGUGGAUACUCUUUCACCACCACAGCUGAGAGAGAAAUCGUCAGAGACAUCAAGGAGAAACUGUGCUACGUUGCCCUGGACUUCGAACAAGAGAUGGCUACUGCUGCUUCAUCCUCAUCUCUAGAGAAGAGCUAUGAACUUCCCGACGGCCAGGUCAUCACCAUUGGCAACGAGCGAUUCAGGUGCCCAGAGGCCAUGUUCCAGCCAUCCUUCCUUGGAAUGGAAUCUUCUGGUAUCCAUGAAACCACAUACAACAGUAUCAUGAAAUGUGAUGUUGAUAUCCGUAAAGACUUGUAUGCUAACACCGUAUUAUCUGGUGGUUCCACUAUGUACCCUGGCAUUGCUGACCGUAUGCAGAAAGAAAUCACAGCUUUAGCUCCUAGCACAAUGAAAAUCAAGAUAAUUGCCCCACCAGAGAGGAAAUACUCCGUCUGGAUCGGUGGUUCCAUCCUUGCUUCUCUCUCCACCUUCCAACAGAUGUGGAUCAGCAAACAGGAGUACGACGAAUCCGGUCCAUCCAUUGUCCACAGGAAGUGCUUCUAAACAUUAAUUUUUCUAAUUGCAUCCGUUACACUUUACAUGUGCAAGCGAUCAUUGCGACAUCCUGAUUUCACCUAAGUCCCUGGAAGUGCAAGGUAGCACUUUCAAAGCAUUAUGGUGCGUAGAUCUGAAGUCAAGAUCUGAACAUUUACACUGACAUUGUCUAAUUGAAUGCAUUCAAUUGUUAAUAUUUUUUGUACCGAAAAAAUGCUUAAAAAAAACACAAUUAAAAAAUAAUAUAAUGAA